AUGAUGGUGGAUGCAGGACCCGAGGCCUUUAUGUUGGGACCCCAAGGUGACGAAGACGAUGAUGAUGGGAUGAGCCUUGAGGCCCAGAACUGGUUCAGCGAGGCCCAAGUAGGAGAACUGGAAAACCAAGCUAGGAUCCUCCUCGAACAAAAAGCCUUCCACCAUCGAGCCUGCGCCAACCUCAUCAAACAGUUGCCCUUCAAGCACCAAGCUAGGCAUCGACAAGCUCUGAAGCAGGACAAGCCCAACUACAUCAUACUGGGGGUGUAUGCUUACGGCAAUCACUACGGUAUCACCAAAUGGGCUAGGAACCUUCCCCAGACCUGUAAGUACUUGUGGCAAUACAUCCAGCACUGGGCUACUGAGCCAGUUCGUGGAAGUACCCUGGUUAUCAACAACAAUUGCGAAGUGAACCUCCACAGGGAUAGCAACAAUCUUCCGAACACGAAGAACUACGUUAUAGGAGUCACUCCCUUCCAACAUGGAGAGUUAUGGCUUGAAGGAGAACCCCCAAACCACCACUACAAAACCGUUGUCAAAGCUUUGCCUAACGGCCAAAGUCGCAGCGGACACUUGCGAAGUGUGCGACAGAGGGUGUUGGCGUUUGACGCCAGACAGUGGCACACGGUCCAGCCGUGGCAAGGGGAUAGAGUCAUACUUGGGGGUUACAUGAGUCGGGGUGUUCGGGAACUUGAGAAGGAGGAUAUUCAGUGGUUGCAACAGGCCGGGUUUCCUUGUGUGCAGGGUGAAGAAGGUUUCCGUGAACAGGGCGUUCAGGGACAGGGUUACGUUGUGGAUUCCACUCGAGCUAAGGUGGGCACCAAGGUGGAGGAAGAAAUUAAGCGUAAGCUGUACCUGUUGCACGCGGCCACGGGACAUGGAAGCACGAGGCACAUGAUAGAGGCGUUGCGACGUAGGAAUGUGGAUCCUUUGGUGUUGCAGUUGGCCGAGUCCUUUGAGUGUCCCAUCUGCGCGGAACGGAAACGUAUCCAACCUAGACAGUUGGCCUCGUUAGAACCCUUACCUCCUAAAUUUCACACUGUUGUGAUGGAUAUCGGACACUGGAGAUGCCCUCGAAGCGGUGAGCAACAAAACUUCAUACUUGCCAUUGACGAAGGUUCAAGAUUUAGGAAUGCCAAGAUAUUGACCAAAGGGUCAAAACAAACCCCCAACUCAGCGGCAUGUCUGAACUACCUUUCGGAACAUUGGAUACAAGUAUUCGGGAAGCCAAAGACCCUUCGCCUGGAUCCCGCAGGGUGUUUCCGAUCAACGGCCGUGGAAAACUUCUGCGACCGGCACGAUAUCUACAUGGAUGUGAUCCCGGGAGAGGCGCACUGGCAGAUAGGGAUUGCAGAGCAAGCCAUACAGGGAGUGAAACAUCUGAUGACCAAGCUACAUGAGCAUGAUUCGGAGUUGACGCCGGAACAAACUUUAAGCUUGGCAGUGGCAACCUUCAACCAGAGAGAGCUCAUCAGAGGUUUUUCACCAGUACAGCAUGUUUUGGGGCAGUCACCAGACAUCACGGAGCGCCACAUCCCGAACCUACGACAGCAGUUGGAGGAACCCAUCCUCAACAACACAACAGAAGAAUUCAAGAAGGAAGCAGCGCGAAGAGCAGCUGCUGAAAAGGCACUGUGUGAUUGGCAGGCCCAACAGAGGGUCAACAGGGCUAUGAAUUCUCGGACAAGAAAGCUGUGCAAUUAUAGACCGGGCGAUCUAGUGUAUUUCUGGAGGACGCAGGAGUCCGGGCAGCAUAAAAGAAGUCCAGGCACGACCCAGGGCAGGUUCCUUGGACCGGCGAGGGUACUUGCUACGGAGACUCGGCAAUCAGCCGAGGGAGAGGCAAGGCCAGGACAUGCUAUUUGGUUGGUCCGAGGGCGCAACUUACUGAAGUGUGCGCCAGAGCAACUCCGACCGGCAAGCCACAGAGAGGAGUUACUGGACUCCCUCUCACAGGAAGGGUCCACACCGUGGACUUACACCAAGUUAGCCGCAGAGAUUGGAGGGAACCAAUUUGAGGACAUCAGCCAAGAGAUCCCUCAAGAAUCCGAGUGGCAGCGAGCGCAGGAUGUGACACAGGAGGCACCGCCCAGCCGCACCCGAGUGCGGGGCAAGCGUCCCAUGCCAGUGGCUGAACCUACGGAGGACCUUGAUCUGGAAGAUGAGCCAGAGCCAAGUCAGCCCAGUCAGUUACGAAGGACGUCUGGUCCUACCGGGUCCAACCCGUUCGAGGCCGCGGCGACCACCUGGUGGGAGCAAAUCCCCGAAUCCGCCUGGAUGGCGGAGGAGGCUAGCUACUGGACCGACAGCGCGGCUGCCGUGGAGGUAGCUGUGGACCUUCCUACCACAGAGAAAGAGUGGAAGCGCUUCGGGCAAGACGCGACAGCCUAUGUUGCCGGAAUGAUCAAACGUCGUGCAGUGGAAGUCAGCGAGCGAAGGCUUUCAGCUGAGGAUCAGCUGAAAUUCAAGGCAGCGAAAGCUGUCGAGGUCAAGAACUUCUUAUCUGCACAGGCCUUUGAGGCCCUACCUUCACAUCUCAAGCCGUCUCGGGAACAGGCGAUAGGCAUGAGGUGGCUGUUAACCUGGAAAGUCCAGGACGACGGUAGCGUCAAGCCAAAGGCUCGGGCUAUCCUUUUAGGCUACCAAGACCCGAGCUAUGAACAUAGGUCAACCACAGCUCCCGUCAUGACUCGGCAGACCAGGCAGCUCUUCUUGCAGGCCGCUGCCAACCGGAGAUGGCGCAUCCAAAAAGGGGACAUCUCAGGGGCGUUCCUUCAGGGUAGGACUUACCCUGACGAACUGUUUUGCGUGCCAUGUGAUGAGAUCCUUGAAGCUAUGCAAUUGCCUCCUGGCACAAUCACCAAGCUCAAGAGAGCAUGCUACGGAUUAGUUGACGCUCCUUUGGAGUGGUAUAAGACCGUUGCUGAGUUCAUGGAGAGCAUUGGCCUCACGAGAUUGUGGAGUGAUGCUUGCGCUUGGGUGUGGAAGCCUGAAGGGCAGGUCCGAGGGAUGAUUACGGGGCAUGUUGAUGAUUUCAUGUUCGGUGGCGCUGAUGAUGACAAAGGGUGGCAGGAGAUUUUGAGGCUUAUUAAGGAGAAGUUCCGUUGGGGCAAUUGGGAUCAAGAUUGCUUCACUCAAUGCGGAGUCUUGAUUGAGACGACAACGGAAGGCUUUGCCUUGUCCCAACCAAGGUACCUUGACAGCCUCCAAGAGAUCACCUUGAACAGUACUCGGAAGAAGCAGAAGAAUCAUGAAACCACUGAACGUGAGAAAUCACAACUAAGGGCUCUCCUAGGCGGGCUCAGCUGGUACGCUCAACAGACCGGACCUCACAUCGCUGCGGAGGUCAGUCUACUUCUUUCGGAUGUUUGCAAAUCAACCAUUGAAACCAUUAAUCAGGCGAACCUGUUGUUGUACCAUGCCAAGCAGAGGAAAGAUCACAAGCUUGUGGUGCACCGGUGCAGCGACCAGGAUAUGCAGUUUUAUGCGUGGGUUGAUGCCGCGAAUCAGAAUAGAAGGGACGGCGGAAGUACUCAAGGGAUUUUCGUUGGGGCUGCUUCUAAGGAGAUGUUGAAGGGCGCUAUAGGGCAUGUGAGUCCCAUUGCCUGGCACUCAUCCCGCAUUGACAGGGCUUGCCGCAGUCCAGGUUCUUCAGAGACCCAGGCGGCCGUGAACGGGGAGGAUGUCCUCUUCUACAUCCGCUACGAGUGGGCGGAGAUCAUGGGCCGCGAAGUAAACCUACGUGAUCCCUCGCGAACGGUGGCUACAGUGGACGGCUGCCUGGUGACGGACUCGAGGAAUGUGUACGACAAGUUGCACACCGCGGUGCUCACGAUCCAGGGAGCAGAGAAGAAGGCCAACAUCGAGUUGCUGAGCGUCAAGGAAGCACAGGUCAAUACAGGGCUUGUGAUCAGGUGGGUCCACUCAGAGGCCCAACUGGCCAAUGCUCUUACGAAGAAGGGCGGUCGGGAAUUCGAGCUCUACUACAAGAUGAACUUCACAUGGCGUAUAGUUGAAGAUCCCAGUAUGCGAUCUGCGAGACGACGACGAAGUGAAGGGAUCGACACCUUCGAGCAGACUCAUUUGCCAAUUACUUCUGUGCUGCUCAGCGCGAAGACCGGCUUCGCAGCUACGUUGAUCAAGGCCGAGGGGCUCCUCGGAGUCCGGAGCCUCGCGCCGAAGCCCUCGGCGGGACAGCUGAUCGAGAAGUUCCUCACAGAGGAGCGCUCGCACUUUGGUUCCACGACUGCCGCUCCAGACUGCGAAUCAUCGGCAGCAGAUGGAGAACUGGAUAACUCCAAAGUUGCACAAGGGAACACGCGUGACAUGGUCUUUCAGGGCAGCUUCACCGCUCCUGUCGGAAUCGACUUGUCUGGACAAGUGGCAGUGGUGACAGGGCCAUCGCGCGGCGGCAUCGGCUUUGAGACGGCGUUGGGCUUGGCGCAGCGAGGUGCCAAAGUGCUCCUGGCGGCCAGCAUGUGUCACACGGAGGAGGUUUUUUGGACGGGUGCCUACUCGUUUUUAGUCGCGGGUGAGCAGCAUGAAUUCCAAGACCGCUAG